CGGAUAUAGUUCACGUCACGACAAACAUGGCGGACGGUGGUGACUUUUCAGGACACGACUGCUGAUAUUUUAUGCUAGGAGUGCAAUUAAUUGAUUUUCUUCUAUGACAGUCAGUGAUUUAAGAUAAGAAUUCUUAUUAAGAUUGAUUUGGAUCAGAAAUAUUGAUACUUUACGGUUUGAACAUGAACGAAGAAGAUGAUUUGUACGAAAGUUUACCACCAACAUCAACGAUCAGCACGCACAUGUUCGCUGGUGCAUUGGCCGGGGUCGGGGAACAUUGCGUUAUGUACCCAUUUGAUUGCGUGAAGACACGUAUGCAGAGCCUCGUUCCUGACCCAAAAGCCAACUAUCGAGGAGUAGCUGAUGCACUAGUUACAAUAUUUCGUCAUGAAGGUAUUGGAAACACGGUGCGAGGAAUCGGUGCAGUGGUCGGCGGUGCUGGACCUGCACAUGCCUUGUAUUUUGCCUGCUAUGAACAUUUAAAGAAAAAAUUUAGUGGUGGCGAACAAGGAAACCAUCUUGCUCAUGGUGCAGCUGGUUGUGUGGCCACAGUAUUACAUGAUUUAUUUAUGAAUCCAGCUGAUGUGAUAAAACAACGUAUGCAAAUGUAUGGGAGCCCAUAUAGAACUUGUAAAGAAUGUGGUGUAUCCAUACUAAAGACAGAAGGACCUAUUGCAUUUUAUAGGAGCUUCACGACGCAACUAAGCAUGAACGUACCUUUCCAAGCUGUUCAUUUUAUGACUUACGAGAUAACACAAGACUUCCUUAACCCAACUCGGAAGUAUGAUCCUUUGACACACGGUGUGUCUGGUGCCGUGGCGGGUGCCGGCGCCGCAGUUGCUACUAUGCCUUUAGAUGUUUGUAAAACCUUACUGAACACGCAAGAGCACUGUUCAAGAACUAACAGUAUAUCUUAUGUGAACGGCAUGCGGGCAGCCUUUCGAACAGUUUACGAAUUCCAAGGUGUACGUGGAUACUUUCGGGGCAUUACUGCGCGUAUUUUCUUCCAAAUGCCAGCCACAGCUAUCUCAUGGUCGAUAUACGAGUUCUUUAAGUUCUUUUUACAUAAAAAUGAUGACGACAAUUCGCAUUACCUCAAAGUAUCGUCCUUGCAGGCCUCUUCAUCCAAAUGAUAAAAUAAAUCCUAGCAUAAUGAAUGAGGCAUUUUAAUACUAGUUCCAAAGGCAUUUAAGUGUUCUAAUACUUCUAAUAGCAAUGUGAGAUGGUAAAGAUCUAUCUAAAAGCAAUGUGGCAUGAAUAAAAAUGGAAAAGUCUUAAAAAUGGCCAAGUUAUAUCACUAAGAAAUGUUUCGUUUUCUUUAGAAAUUAUUUUGCUAUAGUUAAUAUGGUAUUAGUUCAAUUAUUCAAUUUAUUUAUUUUUUUCAAGGAAAAUAAAUUAAGUAUGUGAAGGUUGUUUAUUGCACUUCCCUAGUCCAUUUAUAAAUUAUUUUAUACAUAGAGUUGAAAAAAGGAAGAUAAAAAUAUUAAGUACAUAUCUAUCUUAAAUUCAAGAAGUUAUUAUCAAAGAAGGAAUUAAUUCAAGAAGGAUUGAAGUGCUUUUGAAGAAGUUAAAGUAUGUAUAAAUUGUUUGUCGGCCAGAGGACUGCUACAAACAAUGCCAUAGAUCUGUGUCUCCAGUAUGCAUGAAAUGUGUGAAAUCCGUGUCAGUAGAGGACUGCUGCAUGGUCUAUUUAUAGCUCAAGUGUUGCUUGUGAUGGCUAAAUGUGUGCUUGAAUGUGAGCAAGUUUUAAAUUUCAGUACAAAUGUCAAAGUUCUGUGAUAUAGUGAUAUGAAAAAUGUAAAAAAGUAUGUGGUAAAAAAAGUAAACUUACGAUUUAGAAGAAAAAAAGAAGCAAAA